AACUAGGACCCACCCCUCAAGGCCGCGGGGUUUGGUUGCACACAGGCUGCAGUUUCAGUUUGUUUUAUUCACCAUUUUGAGUAGCUGAAGGUAAAAAAAAAUAAGAAUAUUUGCGUGUGGAGGAGAAGUCGCUGCCGUACUGUUAUUUUCACGCGCUAGCUCGGACGGUGGAGUUGUGCGUCAACCUCGCUCCCCUCGGUGUUUUGCAGAGCGGGAAUCUAUUUCUUUUUUCCCUGUGCUUUUUUUCUUCUCCCCCCUUUUCUCACAUCCUUAACCUCUACAGUAUUCCUGCAAAAUGUCAAGACCAGUGAGGAACAGGAAAGUGGUGAAUUACUCACAAUUCAACGAGUCUGAUGAUGCAGAUGAGGAGUAUGGUGACAGUAAGCCUAAGAAGGUGCGCACAGCCCCUCGUGAGCCCAAGCACAAGCGCUCAAAGAACUCACAGGAUGACAGCGAGGAGUCUGAUGACAAGCUCUCCAAAUCCAAAAAUGAUUCAGCAGAUGACUUUGGCAGCGAUGAUGAAGACAAUGACUUUGGAGAGGAGGAGGAUGAGGAUGGAGGAAGCGACUACGAAGAAAAAAGAGGGAAAAAGGCAAAGAAAGCCAAGGUGGAGAAGCCCAGCAAGAGGGGGCCGAAGAGAAAACGGGCUGCAGAUGACAGCGACGACGACAGGGAAGUGAGUCGAAAGCGUACAGUGCGCCAGGCGGCCUCCAAGGCUGUGUCCAAACAGAGGGAGAUCCUGCUGGGCGACGGAGGCAGCGAGGACGAGGAGCACGAAGACCACGAGGAGUCCUAUAUGGAUCCUGACGAGUCCGGCAGCGACGAGGACUUCAUGGUGGAGGAUGAUGAUGACAGUGACUAUGGUCACUCCAAGAAGAGAGGCAAGAAGGUGAUUCGACGGGGACGGCCGGACAAGAAGGAGAAGAAAAGCCCCAAACCUCGACUAAAGGCCACAGUGACCCCCAGCCCGAUGAAAGGAAAGGGGAAGGGACGCCCCAGCACCAAGGUCCUGGAGAAGAGCUCACCCAAAGAGGAGGAGGAGGAGGAGGACCCCGAGAGUCCCCUGGAGGAAGAGGAGGAGGAGGCCGAGAAGAAAGAGACCUCCCCCGCCCCCAAGACGACGAAGGAGGCUGCAGGAGCAGAUGAGGAGGAGGAAGACGAAGAGGAGGAGGAUGGCUCGGAAGAGGAGGCGCCCUCUGGAGAAGACUAGAAGAUGCUACCCGCUUGUCUUCUCUCUCUUCUCAAUGUUUUUGUUUUCUUUGUUGCUCUGCGUUUAGAGUUGUUUUUUUUUUUGUUUUGUUUUUUUGCUGUUUUUUUUUUUCAGUUUCUUUCUUUUUUUUGUUUUGUUUGUUUUGUUUUUCGUUUUGUUUUUCCUCCUGGCGGCCUGGCUCAAAGGUUUGGACUUUGUGUGCUAUUUCCUGUUUUGCUUUCCCCGCCCCUCCCCCGAACCGAGACAUCGUGCUCACGUGACCGUUUGGUGUCUUUCAUUUUCAGCACCAGAGCCACAACACAUUCAGCCUUACCCACGUUCCCGUAUCUGUCAUUUACAUUCAGCAUUUUAGCGUGAAAAUCCAGACGAGUCUGCCUUCCGAGAGCGCAGUGCUAGCGAGCAUCCGUCCUCAGUGUGAAGAAACCAGUUGUGUCUGUGGGUUUAUUUUUCCCUCUCCUGGGAUUAUCAGACACAGCUGGCCACACAGUUUUUUUCCUGUUUAUUUGACGGAUCUGUGAUUACGGAAAGUAUUGUUCCGGGACUUCUCUGUGUCGGUAACUAAAGCACUGUAUUUACAAAGCGACGUCAAGUCAGCACAUGCAGGCCUGAAGCCUUUUCCCGCCUCUCUUUGGUACUUUGUGCUUUUAAACCUGGAGCUUAUUUUAACAGGGCAGCGAUAGUUGGGUUGUUGUUUUAAAACCUCUAGGGCCGCUCUUUCAGUUGAAGUACCUUUUUAAUUUUAUUUUUAAAACCUGCUUGGUUCAGACUCGUAGCUGCUGCUUCUUAGAUUCGGUUAAGGUUGUGGUCCUGCAGACGGGCGGAGUGGUGGGUCACCGCUGAGUGUUUGCUAUGUGCUGGACUGCCACUGCCACACAUUUCAAGCCAAUGUGUUUUUAUGUACUUUUGUAUGUUUGUGGAGGGUCUGUUUUUUGUUUUUCCUUCCUUCCUGCCUUCCUUCCUUCGCUCAGCCCACCAGCUGCCUGUGAAACGGUUUUUGUUGUGCUUUCUAACGAGACACCUUUGCUACGUGAAGCAAACACACCCCUCCUUCCCCUUUCAAAACAUGAUCUCCCGCCUCAGUGCAUGGCUGCAGCAUCUUCUCAACAUUCAGCCCCUUGUGCCAGGCAGCCCAUCUUUUAUUUUGUUUUGUUUUGUUUUGUUUCUUUUUUUCAAGAAAUGCAAGAAGAGAUGUUUCUUUUUUUUUUGUGAGAGUUAAAAAAAUGAAUGUCGUUUUUUCUCUUGUUGGUUCAUUGUUCUAAUUCUCUAUUCAGAUUUUUUUUUUUUUUUUUUUUGUAAUGUUUGUUUUUUAAGAAAAGAAAUAAAAUGUAUCUUGAUUUUAAAGAAAAAAAGUUGACCCUAUCCAAUCUGUUCUGCCUGAUGGUUGGACCAGCCACCCCUCCCUGGUUUACUCCUGUCCCCUCACUCUCUCCUCCCCCACUCCCAGUCCCAUCAGCUUAAUGGUUACUGCUCGUAUCCAUGUCCAUUUGUCUCUCAGAGCUUUUUAUUCAUCCUCACAAGUAGAUAUAUAUUUUUUUUGCGAUUCAUAAUUCUACAGUACUGAGGUUUAGAAAAGAUCGGCGGCUCAUCUGGCAUUCGUUUGUCUGUUAAUGCCUUAAUUUUCAUUGAGUUCGGUUUCAGUAGUGGCUCUGAUGACGUUUCUGGAGGCCUGAGAAUGUAACCUGUCCUCAUGUUUUAGGUCUUUGCUACACGCAGCGUAUUUAGGCUCUGAACAUGUCAACAAUUUGUACGAUCAGAAGACCAUCCAAAGCCAUAAACGAUCUCAAAACUAGUGACUCAGAGAUCAGGUGCAGCACUUGUGAGAUUGUCCUUUUUUUGCGAAAAGUAGUGUUUUGAUGUCAGGGCAAAAAUAAAACGACAAUAAAAGGCUGCUGUUGUGAUCUUGGGAACAUAAAUUCAUUUAUCAGUCGUUUGUCAGGAGAAAUUCUACUUCGUCCCAAGGCUGCAAUAGAAAUCAGUCCUGGAUGUGUACAGGACACACUUGAACCCAGUUGUCGGUUCAGAAGCACAUUCAAUUGUUUUACGACUGUCCUUGGAGUGUUUUUCUACAUUCAGGUCCUGAAUUGGCACCCAAUCCUUAAUGUCAUUUUAAGAAGAUUGGAUAAGAAUAAGAAAAUAAAUAGGAGAAUUUUUUUUUUGUUUAUACCAAUCUCAAGCUCAGAGAGCUCUGUUGGCAGUAGGAUCAGAUACUGUCUGUAGAUCACAGCGCUGAGGGCUUGACUUGAGGGUCCUCUCCAUCAUCACACAGGGGGCACAUGGCAUAAGGCUGUGAAUUUCUCCUCUUUCAUCCAUUCUUCUUCUGUUGUACUGUUUUUGAUGGUUUUUUUCUAUCUACCUUCAGUUGUACUGGCAAUGUAAAUGUAAGCCGAGUUGUGAUUCCUACAGGAGACCAAGUGGAGAAGCUUUUGUCAGUAGAGUGGAAAAGGAACGCUGAACUCUUGAAUCUUUUGCAUGUUGUGGAUAAAGUGUGAAGCGAAGAUGAUGAUGAUGAUGUUGCUGGUGAUGGCAAUAUUGUGGUCUUACAAAAAAAAAAGGUAUUAACAACACGAUGUUGAUAAUGUUUUGGUUUCCCAGCUUCUAAUAAAGGCAACCUACUUUUUAUACAGAUUUAA